GUGCUACUCGUGGCACUCCUCGCACGCCCUUCUUUGAGGGGUGCUCCCCCUCCCCCCUUGCCCCCUCUGUUGCUUCUGCUGCUGCUGUCGACUUCCUUGGUGCUGAGGAGGUUGGGGCUGCUUCUGAUCCUAGUGGGAAGCGCCGCAGCGGCAAGGGCAAGGGAGGCAAGAGUGGUGGGGGUGGCGGCGGGGGGUGGGUGGUGGUGGAGGCGGUGGAGGCGGUGGAGGUGGCGGAGGUGGCAGUGGGAGUGGUGGCGGGAGCGGGGGCGUCGGUGGCGGCGGUGGCGGCAGUGGUGGGGGGGUGUGGUGUGGUCGUGGCGGCAGUGGGAGUGGGGCGGCAGUGGUGGCGGCGGAGGGAGUGGCGGCGGCCGCAGUGGUGGUGUCGGGCUGGAGCUGUUCACCGGCAGCACCAGCAGCGUCAGCGUGAGACCCUCACGCCCCAGCAGCUUCGUGAGUGGUACGCUCAGCGUGGGACGUCAGGGGGUAGUGCUCGCUACCCGUGCGUCAUUCGCACAGGUGACCGCGCUGGUUAG